UUCGUCUAUCCACCAAGAGCUCUUCAUCACCUCCUCACAAGAAUAUCAACUGAUACUUCCAGUAAAAUAAUCAAUCACACGUGACACAAAGGAAGUGAACCACUGUUUUCGGCUCCAAAAAUCAUCAUCUUGACAUUCUUCCCCCAAUUGUAGAAUGUAUCCUAGCCUUGUGUCCUCGUUGCAUCGGGAUCGAUUCUCGAUUUUCUCGCAUUCCUUAGGAGACCAUUCGGUGCACAAGCUACCCUACAAGCUAACAGCGGCGGCCUUUGGGGGUUUCCCGGCAGUCGAAAUCUCGCUGGUCGAUCUGGAGGAUUAUGCGAGCAAGAAGGGCUGUGAGUUGCUAGAGGCGGCGCAAGAGAUCGGGGAGGUCUGUCGACUCUUGGGUCUGCGGGUCACAUGCAUCCAGCCCUUGAGGGAUGUGAUCGAGUCCAGGAAGCCGGCCUCCGAUGGGGUCACGAAGGCCUUGAGGCUCUUCCCUGUCAUGGACGCCCUCGACACCGAGCUCCUCUUGGUCUGCUCUUCCUCUCUUCCAGCUGACCAACUCGACCAGUCCCCCGAGACUGCAAUCUCCCAUCUCAAGGCCAUCGGACUCGCGGCUGCUAACUGGGGCCCUAAGCCUAAGAAGGUCGCCUUCGAGGCUCUUUCCUGGGGCACUCAUAUCAAUCUAUGGCGUCAAGCUUGGGAUAUCGUUCAAGCGGUGAAUUUGGAAAAUGUGGGGAUUUGUUUAGACUCCUUUAACACUCUAGCUCGGGAAUGGGCCGAUCCAACCGUCGAAGGAGGCAUCCAAGCCGAUGCGGACAGGAACCUGAAGGAAUCGAUGAGUCAGCUGAGUCAAUUACCUGGCUCGAAGAUCUUUCUGCUCCAGAUUGGGGACGGGGCGAGAUUGGGGGCGCCGAUAGAGAGAGGGACGUUUGAGCGGCCGGCGUUGAUGAGAUGGUCGCGCUCGUCGCGCCUGUUCCCGAUGGAAUCGGAGCUUGGCGGCUAUCUGCCGGUGACCGAGUUCAUCGAGGCGGUGGUCAAGACCGGCUAUUCCGGCCAUUGGAGUCUAGAGAUCUUCAACAACAGCUUGAAAUGUGAGGCCGAUUCGACGCCGAUCACCCACGCCAUCAGAGGCUUCCAUGGCCUCUCAAAGCUGGUCAAGUUCGUCUUUACCAACAACCAUCAUCUGGUCGACCAGCCCGGCGAUCCGCUUCUCGCACAGCCGCCCCUCCAGCUCCUCAACCGCAUCCGUCCCUUCCCCUUCAAGCCCACCUUCCACAGACCUAAUCUCAGCUUCAGCGCCAGUGACUCAAGCUCCAUCGAGCUCAACCAUCCUUGCUCUCCCCCCCAAAGUGACCCCGAUCAUUUCGAACAAGCUAUCAGCACUUCCCCCGGCAAACUUUAUGGCUCCGAGAACGAUCCCUCUUUCCACCCUCAUCUCCACAUCUCUGCCUCCAAUCGCCCUCUACAUCUUAUAUGAAUCCUGUCUCCUUUUUCGCUCGCUCACUUUGUCCAUCCCCUAUCGUUUGCUCCCCUUCUACCCCUCCCCCCUUUCUCUUUCCAACACUUUCAUCUGAUCACGCAUAUGCGGUUUUCCUUCAUAAGAUCCCCUUCCUGUCCGUCCAAAGAUAAACCCCGGAGCUCGCUGCGGUCUGUUAGCUUUCGAUUCAAGUCCUAGUAUUAAUCAAUCCCCGUGCAAUGUCACUUUAACUUAUGUUUACAAAUUCAGGUAGAGGUAGUCUAUAACACUCUUCCCCCAAAAACUUUUCCUUAUGUAUGUCGUUUCAUGUGUAUUAAAGAUGCUGUGCUAUUCAAUACCUAAUGUUUGUGGAAAUCAUUUACAUACAUAUUUAUCCAUGGCCUUCAAGAACAUGGCCAAGUGGGCCAUGCACCUUUUCUGAGAACACGGCUGUACAUACAUACAACAUAUAUGUAACUAGGUUCUCCCUGUUUAAUCAGCCUGGACAAAGCAACACAAAUAUCAUAGAUAUUAU